CUGAAGUGAAAAUCACUGAGGGAAAUGAGAGAGAAGGAGAAGAGUCACUUGGGAGUGUUGGAAUAAAUUUACAGAAGAAUGGCAGCUUCUGUCCACCUUCAUUUGGUCAACCCUCCCUUCAGUACAAAGAGAAAGGUAUGAAGAAAUCAGCAAGAGGAUCAGAAAACCUUACAGCAGCCUUUUUGCAGUGCAGUUCUCUCCCUGCUACUGGAGUAACACAGACAGAAACCAUUGAAACUGAUCGACAGCAAGUGGAGAAAGAAAUCCAAAUUCAUACUGGAAAAAAAUGUUGUUUGGAAUGUGGCAAACAAUUCACACACAAAAGUGAUCUUAAUAAGCAUAGGAAGAUUCACACAGGAGAAAAAACAUAUUGUUGUCAUGAAUGUGGUAAGUCGUUCUCAAGCAAAAUAAAUCUUCAGAACCACAUAAGAAUCCACACAGGUGAAAAACCUCAUUGCUGUCCAGAAUGUGGAAAGUCAUGCUCAACGAAAAGCAAUCUUCAGAUCCACAGAAGAAUCCACACAGGAGAAAAACCUCAUUGCUGUCCAGAAUGUAGUAAGUCAUUCUCAACGAAAAGCUAUCUUCAGAACCACGAAAGAAUCCACACAGGAGAAAAACCUCAUUGCUGUUCAGAAUGUGGUAAGUCGUUCGUAAGGAGAAGCUAUCUUCAGAGGCAUAGAAGAAUCCACACAGGAGAAAAACCUCAUUGUUGUCCAGAAUGUGGCAAGUCGUUCUCAUGUAUAAGCGAUCUUCAGAGGCAUAGAAGAAUCCACACAGGAGAAAAACCUCAUUGUUGUCCAGAAUGUGGUAAGUCAUUCUCAUUGAGAAGCAGUCUUCAGAGACACAGAAGAAUCCACACAUGAGUAAAACCUCAUUAUUGCCCAGAACGUGCCGAAAAAUUUUGAAACAAACUCAGUUUUCAAAUGCACACAGAAAUUGAUACUCGAGAGAAACCAUAUUGCUGUUCUCAAUGUGGAAAAAGGUUUUAAACAUAAGCUCUUUUCAAUUAAACACACAAACUCCCACUAAUGUGAAAAUGCAGUAUGUAUUUUCUGAAUAUGGCAAAUGUUAUACAAGUCAGAAAGGUAUUUAUCCACUUGCCAAAAUCCAUACUGAAGACAAAUCACAUUGCUGUUCUGAAUGUGAGAAACAAUUCUUAUAUUUAAGCACACUUCAGUGCCAUAUCAGAACUCAUAAUUGAGAGAAACCUUAUUGUUGUCCUAAAUGUGAUAAGCAGUUCUCACAACAAAGCACCCUAAAGAGACACAUCAGACUUCACACCGGAGAGAAACCUCACCUUUACUUGGAAUGUGGCAAACAAUUCUCCCACCUUACUUCUCUGUAUAAGCAUAAGUCAUACU